AUGACAUCGUCAAAAAAAGUUGAAAAACCUCAAGGUGCUUAUAUUAAGAAAGGCCGUCUCUAUGUAAAAGCAGUAUUUACUGGUUUCCGACGUGGUAAACGUUGUGCCUAUGUAUACAAGGCUAAAAACAAGACUUUAGUACCUGGUCAAAAACGUUUAAAUCGUGUUCGUAUUAUGUGGGGUAAAGUUACCCGUGCACAUGGUAAAAGCGGUGGUGUACGUGCUAAAUUCAAUCGUAAUUUACCACCAAAAGCACUCGGACGACGAAUUCGUGUCAUGCUUUAUCCAUCACGAAUUUAA